ACGAGCGAGGGUGAACAGGAACGAGGCCAAGGCGUUGAGUACGAGCGCUACCAGGUUAGCGAAGGGUAUAACUACCACCAACAUGGACAAACGGCAGAUAAUGGGACUCAGCAUCAACAAGACGAUGCCCUCGUUGCUCGUCUCCUCGCUGAGAUCCUCGCGCCGAGCCCCGUGCUCACACCAAACGCGCUCCCGCAAGUCGAGGACGAGGGCACAGCAUUGGUCAGUGGCACAGCACCAGCAGCAAAGUCAACAACAACUAGCUCUUGCACUCUCGCUCGCCCUUCGAAUGAAGUUGCGCGGGCAGAGGCGCCUGUGAGCGGCGUCUCGGCUGCAUCAUCGGUGUUUGAUGGUCCGGGUGUGGAUGGUGUGGGCGCGCGUCCAUUGACAGAGCUGGGUUC